CAAACGCUAGCGUAUACAUUGCGUCACGAAAACAUCGGCAGCUUCAAGCUCGAGCUUGACCAUUUCUGAUUGAAGCCAGUGAAUCUUGUUUUUCUACGAAACUUCCCUUUCUCUGAUUGAUCGAAGUUUAUCACGUUGCUACACAGAUCGACUCGUUAGCGACGUCAUCCUGGGCUAGGGAUCGAUUGAUCUCCCUUUAAAUUCCCCGAGAUCUGCUAUAUUAAAGACCAGCCUCAAAACAACCCCAAGCCACGUCGCGACCUGGUCUAGCGGACUCACUUCGACUUGCUUGUUGAUCAUCAUUUACAACAACGGUCUUUCAAUAUAAUCCAAAAUGGCUCACGCAGGCCUCGUCCAGACCAGUUUGAUCUGGGUCGCUUAUGCUGUCGCUGUCGUCCUCUGUUUCGCAGCAGCAAUCAUCACAACAUUUACAUGGCAAACACCCCGCGAACGUUCCGCAGUCGUUAGCAUUGUCGCCAUUAUCAGCUUGACUUCUCUACUCGCUACAGUCCUACUACUCCCUGUCGAUAUUGCUCUCGUCUCCGCGACUGCCUCUGCAACACUUGGCGCGAAGAAAGACUGGGCUACUCCCGAACGCAUCGACAGUAUCCUCUACACCCUCAAGGUCGUUUACUACAGCUUGUACAGCUUCGAUGCUCUCCUCUGUUUGAUCGUUAUUCCUUUCGCCUACUUCUGGCACGAGGAAUAUGAUGAGAUCGAGGUUGAGGAGGAGGGCCGAACCUUGAGCAGCCGUUUCUUGGCCGCUGCCAAGUACACACUCUUCUUCGUCGCAUUCGUUGUCGUUCUGUUCUUACUCGGUUUCUUCGUCCCUGCCGCCGGCGACAGCUCACAGUCUCAUUGGGAUCUCGACUACUUCAAGAAACUCGUUGCUCAAAACCAUGGCGAAAAGGCACUGACCUUUGCACUGGGUCUUCUGCUCACCCUCGGCACACUGCUCUACGUUGUAUACACCGGCGCUGGCCUUGCCCUCCUUCCCAUCUCGUUCAUCAAGGCGGCACCUUCAAUCUCGGCUCCUCAGCUCCAUCAGACAACUGCUUCUCAGCUUGAACAGAACCGCGAACGCCAGCGACAGAUCGAGAUGCGCAAUGCCGGUCGACAAGAGGGCAUGUCUCGAAAGGAUCAGCGUGAACUCGAUGCUCUUGUCAGAGAGGAACAAACUCUUGUCAGACGCGAGAGACUCGCCGCCGAAGCUCAGGGUGAAGGCCGUAGCAGGAUUUACCAGGCUUGGCUCAAGGUCUGCGCUGUCUUCCGCCCUAUCAAGCUCCUUGGUGGAAUCUUUCUCCUCCUUCUGUCUCUCGUCAUCUUCGUAUCGAUGCUCAUCACUGGCAUUGACAAGGCCAAGAACUCGGUCUGCAAGCAAAAGUGCGGUUACAUCCUUGGUCAGAUCCAUGUCUUCCAGCCCAUGAACUUCAUCUUCGUCAAGUCGGCCAAGGCUUUCCCCGUCGACUACAUUCUCAUGGCUCUUCUGGUUCUUUUCUUCUUCAGCAGCUCCAUCUCUGGUAUUGCCACCGUGGGAAUUCGCUUCCUCUGGGUUCGCAUCUUCCAGAUCCGCAAGGGUCGAACAGCUCCACAGGCCCUUCUCAUUGCGACUGUCAUGUUGGGUCUGAUAAUCUUGGCCACCAACUACGGUAUCGCUAUGUUGGUUGCUCCUCAGUAUUCGACCUACGGCACCCAAACAUUCUGCGCCAACGAGCCCAAACAUCCUGGAGAUCAGCCAGACUGCAGAAACCACAAGGACAUGAUUCAUGCUUGCUCCGAAGCGCUCAAAUAUAAGCACGCUAAGGAUGUCUGCACACCAUCAGUCAUGUCGACGUUCCUCAACCGCAUCACCAUCACAUGGCCCUUCUUCGGUCUCAUUGACUUCUGGGCCCAAUUCGCCUUCCUCGGUGUUUUCCUCAUCGUCUUCGUCACAUCUCUCUUCCGCACCCCCAAGCUCAACCUUUCCCAGAUCGACGAAGAAGCCGAGGCCGACGAGGAAGAAAGUCUCCUCGCAUCAACUGGCCGCCGAUUCGGCGCGACAUGGCAGGAUGUACGAGGAAAGCCCAGCAGCUCAGGAAACGAGUCUGCCAACAACGGCAACGGCUCACAAUCCGCUGCUUGAAGUUCACGUAUAAAAUAGUACAAGUUAGUUCAGAUUGAUGCAGGCAUCUUUGAUUUGGCAUGGCAACAAGGUGGUGGCUCGGAGUUUAGUUUCGCAAUAUUUGGGUAUCUGUUUUUAACACGCAAGGAACGGCAAAUGGUAGUGAGG